AUGACAACCUACUCCUCCAGCCCAGUGGCCACCUUCCUCUUCCCCACCGCCUUCGUCCUCUUCACCCUCCUCAUCGCCUCCACCGAAGCCCUCGCCCUCAUCCUCAAGCCCCUGAGCGGCCUCAUCGUCCAGUCCGUCGUCUACUGGGCCAUAGCCCUCGCCGUCUGGAGCGAGCCCAACGAUGAGACGAUGGUCAAGGCCUUCCUGUUCCUCGCCAUGCUCUCCUUCCUGCUCAUGCAGGUGCGCAGCAAGCGCGUGCCCCAGCCCUUCAUCCGCGCCGUGCUGGGCCUCGUGUCCCUGGCCGUGAUUGCCCAUGACUGCACGAUCGGGUUCCUCGGGACGCAGGCCGUCAUGUUGAGGGUCAUGAUGCUCCUGCUGCGAGCGAGGAACGUCCAUGCCGUCAUGGGGCGUAGCAGGGCCGUGCAGUUCUUUGCGAGCUGA